CUUAUUUUUAUUGCUAUUUCCUUUAACGUUAUUUUCACUUUUUGAAGUACGUUGCAGCAAUGGAUCUCUGUCUUUCUCACAACGUGAUGAUAACAGAGGAACUUGCAGAGAAAAUGACUUUAUCAAAAGAUACAAGUAACACAGAGCUGCGAAAUAAGAUUUUAGAAAGGAUUGCUGAAUGCUGUAUGCAACAAGGAUCUUAUCAUCUCGCUACCAAAAAGUUUACACAAGCAGGAAAUAAAAUAAAGGUCAGUCAUUUUGUUUCAGGUUUUUGCAAGUUUACCAUAGUUUAAAAACGAACAUUUUUAAGGUCCUAGACUAGCCGUGUUUUUCGAAGGUGGACAAACCAAGAAAUAUUAUUUCGCGUGGUGGGCUAACCGUGAAACAUUGUUUCCUAGGCAUGUUUCUUGAAAAUGAGUAAACUAUAGGAAAUAUUGUUUCCUAGUAAUGUUCCCCGAAGGUGGACAAAGCAGGAACCAUUGUUUCCUAGCCAUGUUUUUGUGAAGUUGGACAAACCAAGAAACAUUGUUUCCUAGCCAUGUUUCCUGAAGGUGAACAAACCAGGAAACAACGUUGUUUCCUAGACAUUUCCGAAGGUGAGCAAAUCAAGAAACACUGUUACUUAGUAAUGUUUCCUGCAGAUGGACAAACCAGAAAACAUUGUUUUCUAACAACCUUUCCCUAAUGUGGGCAUUGUUUCCGCAACAGAAGUUGCAGUUGGAAAACAAUUUUUUUUUAAUUUGUUGGGAAACAGAACUGCUUUGCUGGUCGCAAAUUGUUGUUUCUGCGACGUUUCACAAUCUAAAUUUUCUGCAGGCAAUAACAGCACUUCUGUACUCAUGCUAUAGUUUCGUUGUUAUAUUUCUGCCGGCAAUGAAGCAUUUCUGUACUCAAACUAAUAGCUUCGCUGUUAUAUUUUUAGGCAAUGAAAGCUCUUCUUAAAUCAGGCGAUACAGAGAAGAUUGUUUUCUUUGCUGGAGUAUCAAGACAACGUGAGAUUUACGUCAUGGCUGCUAACUAUCUCCAGUCAUUGGAUUGGAGGAAGGAUCCUGACAUUAUGAAGAAUAUUAUUGGUUUUUACACUAAGGGAAGAGCCCUCGAUUCCUUGGCUAGUUUUUAUGACGCAUGCGCACAGGUAGAUAUUCUUAAUCUUUGUUCUACAGGGUGUCCGCAAAAAUAAAAUAGCUGUGUUCAAGAUUAUUGCAGGGCUUAUUAUUGAUGGUCAUCCAAAAUUCAAACAUUGAUCUAACAUGAAAUAUUAAUAAUUGGCCAAGAAUAACACAGACACGCAUUGUGUCGUGUGACACACGAUAUUUUAAAUUUUCUUUAUAUUUUUUAUACAAAACGGGAAAAUGGUUGAAAGAUUAGUACUUUCAGCUAUACAACAAUGAAUUUCCGAAAUAUAUACUGUAGGUAUGUUAUUUUGCAUUUUGUGAGCUUUGAUUUAAUGAAAAAUUUAUUCUGAAACGCUUCGUAAAAUGUUUGAAAUGUUCAUUCAACUGAACUGGUUUUGCCGAUAAACUGUUUCUACUUUUGAUUAAUUUCAGUUCUGUCUUCAAAUUAAUUUGCUUUCCUUUCCAUUUAGACAGAAAAAAUUUAGGCAAAAAAUUGAAGCAAGUAAAUUAAUUCUUCUCAUUUCUGCAAACAAAAAUUGCUUCAAAAUUCAUUGUAUGAAACGAAUAAUAAAACAUUCUUUUUGGUUUUGUCUUUUUUGAAACUCAUUUGCUAGGCUUUAUUUAAAACUUAUAAAUAAAAUAGUCUGUCUUUUAUCUAGGUUGAAAUAGAUGAAUAUCAGAAUUACGAGAAAGCCGUGGGGGCGUUAUCAGAGUCAUAUAAAUGUCUUGGAAAGGCAAAAUUAAAGAAUGCUUCAAGUCAGGAAGAAAAGAUGGCGUUCAUUAAACAAAGAAUUGGUUUGAUCAAGAAAUUUAUUCAAGCGAAGAGGUAUACACAAGUACUUCAAUAUCUUUUACAUGGAACCCAAGGCGUCCGUAUUAGAGAGGUGUCUGUAUUAGAGAGGUUUCAGAAUUAGAGAGGUGUCCGUAUUAGAGGUAUCUUGUAGGUGCUUGUAUUAGAGAGGUGCUUGUAUUAGAGAGGUGCUUGUAUUAGAGAGGUGCUUGUAUUAGAGAGCUGUAUUAGAGAGGUUUUUGUAAGAGAGAUGUCGGUAUUAGAGAGGUAUCCGUAUUAGAGAGCUGUCUGUAAUAUAAUUGUUUAACUGUGAAUCUUCUGCCUUAUCUGCAAGAGGAGAACAACAUUUCUUGUCGUAAAACAUAUGUGCUUCAACUAUGAUCCAGGUCAUAUGAAGAUGAUGCAGAUGAAGCGAUAAAGCAAUGUCAAAUAUUAUUGGAGGAACCUGAUAUUGAGACGGCAGUACGGAUAGGAGAUGUUUAUGGAAUCAUGGUUGAGCAUUUAGCAAGACAACAGAACUACUCUAAGGUUUGUCCAGCUUUCGGAUUUACAUGUGCAAUAUGGGAAUAGUGAAAUUGUGAUUUCACUAUUCCCAAAUGUUCUUUAUUUCCUCUCUAAUUCAAAAAUCGCUCGGCCUUCCUUGCGUCUUAAAGGUUGCUUUCCAUUACGUCCAGCUUGCGCGCGCGGAGGAAGCGCACAAUUCGGUCGCGCGGUCAACAUUCAAAGCGUGCAUGCGCGCGUCACAAGUGAGCCGCUCGUGGUCACGCGAUAACUUUACGGUGCAUGCUCAUAGUCUCGAUGUAAUGGUAACCGGCCUUUAACCAAGCAUUCCUUGCUUCACGUUGACGUCUGUUUCAUUUCACAGGCAUAUUCAUUAAUGCAGGAACUACGACAGCGUGUCCCAAGCGUCAACAUGUCUUUCUAUGUCAACAUAAGAACUAUUGAAGUUAUCCACAAAGCGCUAGAUAUUCCUCUAGAGCGUGGUGUACAACAUAAAGUCAUCACUAAUGGCGAUGCUGGAGGCAGCGAAGACGAAGGAGAAAUUUUAGAUGAAGCAGUCGAGGAAGAUUUACAAAAUGGCUUUGAUUAAAUCAACGUAAAAAAAUAAAGUUAUCUUGACACAAUCUUUCUGUAAAAUCCAAAGUAAUGCAAUCUUGAGACAAUCUUUCGAUUUUAGUAUAAUAUAUAUUUAUAAAUGUAUUUAUUUGGUUAAUCUAUGUUUAUUUUGAGGUGAAAAUAGUAACAAUACACGUUUCCCCAAUCCCCAUACGUUGCUCCGUCGAUCAGAAAUUUUAUUGACUUGGGUGUUUCAUACGUCAUAAUAUAUUCAAGUCCAGAUUUUAAAGUUCGGGUUUAUAUCAUCAUAUCAUUGUUUCUUUACAUGGAUUCUGUCUAAUAUUAUACCUCACAAUGAGCUUGUCCAAUCAGAGAACUAAAUUUGUACCACAUGACCAUGGUAUUUUUCAGCGAAUACUAUAACCUAGGCAAUUUGAACCCUGGGUGUUUUACCCGGGGCCAUGGUAUUCGACUUCGAAUACCACGCUUGAGCGGGAAAUUCGACUUUAAAUGUAAACUUUAAAUGUAAAGUUAUCAAAAGUUGUGUUUUGAAAUUAAAAGUUAAUUGAAUGGUAUUUGUUUUCUACUUAUUUUUGAAAGGUUCGGUAUAAUAUACCAUUUAUAGACCUUUCACU